AUGCCAGAACCUACGACAAGCCAAAAUGCUUCUUCUCUUGGGUUGCGGUUUAAUCCAGUGAUCAACCCGGCGAACGCAUGCCCCGUUCUGGUAGACGAACACCUAGAGGACAACCACCAUAUCUUCCUAUCCCGUCCCUGGCUUGGAGCACUGUUAUUCGAAAAUGCCACCUCCGACGCCCGGGAUCACUGCGCUAACGAACGAACAUUUUUGUCUUGGCUCCGUCUCUCUAUGUAUCUUGCAGUCGUUUCAGUAGCUAUCAUCAUCUCGUUCCAUUUUCAUGGCGGGCCGACCGGACUCGAGCGACGGAUGGCUCUGCCGCUGGGUAUUAUUUUCUGGAUCCUUAGCUUAGCCUGUCUGGUUAACGGGUUUGCAAACUAUGUGCGGACUGUGCGAAAGUACAGCCGUAAAGCGGCUUUGGUACAGAGCGGAUGGAAAACGCAAAUGACAUUUACAGUGGUGGGAACCGUGAUCCUGGGGAGCUGUAUACUGUUCCUGGCAACGGAUGCAAAUAAUAAAAACUAA